AUGGAACCUAUGGCCUUAGGAAGUCCGACUCAUUCACCUUCAGGAAGCCCUAACGUGGGAUAUUUACCACCUUUUUUGUUAGGAGAGAUAAAUCCGCCGACUUUGUCUUCUUUAUCUCCUAGGCCAAAUAGUUUAUCACCAACAAAAGGUCGCAGUUUAGCUUUUGGUUCACCUACGAGUCCUACCCAAACAUCGACACCAGACCAGAAAUUAUACCGGCAGAAUGUACCUAUGCAUCAACAAGUGCUUUACAAUCAACAGCAAAACCUCUUUGCUAACAUGCCCGCAUCUCCAAAUAUUUCAUACUCGAGCAAAUCUAAUGGUCCACCAAUAGAGGAUCUAUUUGACACAAUUAAAAGUAAUGAGCCUUCUGUGGAUAAGUCACUUUUUCAAGAGAACAGUUUCUUAAGCUAUGGAAAUAAUAAUUCUAUAAUGCAUAAUUCAUAUGUAAACAAUGUGCCGGUAAACAAUCAAUCACUACCAAAUCAAUGGCAGGACACCUGUCAGGAUCAGGAUCAGUAUUGGGUCACUGUAUUUGGCUUUCCUCCCAAUGCAGCUAACACAGUUUUAGCUAGAUUUAGCAAUUGUGGUGCUAUACUUGAUAAACAAUACCCAACUCAAGGGAACUGGGCACAUAUUAGAUAUGCAACAAGAGGAGAAAAAGAGAGGGCAGUUGCACUGAAUGGAAGACUAAUCCUUCCAGGAGUUAUGGUUGGUGUUGUAGAAUGUAGAGAACCUCCUCGCAUGACUGUUACGAGUCCUGGGAGUGCUUUGGAAAAAAGACAAUCAACAGCUAGAUCUUUGUGUCCUACUCCGAUUCCAUCAGCUCCAGUACCUCAAAGAUCCAGUGGUCUCAUAUCCAAAGCCUUAGACUAUGUACUUGGCUGG